AUAAGGACCGCAAUAAAGGUUUCUGCUAUGCUUGCGAUCGGUCCUUUGGCAAGUUUAUUGUGUGUGCGCUAAUUUACCGGGUGUGUGUGUCUGUUUCACCGGUCCUCAAUCGCAAACGCUACAUUUCAGCGGUUUGUUUGUAGGUCAUCAACGAGUACUGAAACAGAGGAUGCCGGCACGAUUCCCAGAGGUGCAACACCAACGGCAGGAGGUGGGAAGCCCACUGAGCAACGGCUCAUACAACGGACAGCCGUACAGUCUGGACGAUGAGGUGGUCAUCACAGGACUCUCCGGGCGGCUCCCGGAGAGCAGUAACAUCCAGGAGUUCAAGGAUCAGCUAUUUGCUGGAGUGGACCUCAUCACAGACGACGAAAGGAGGUGGCCCUCCGGUAUGUACGGGCUGCCGACACGCACUGGCAAGCUCAAAGAUCUGAAGCACUUUGACGCCACGUUCUUCGGUGUUCACGCCAAGCAAGCCCACGUCAUGGACCCUCAACUCCGCAUGCUUCUGGAGCUUACUCACGAAGCCAUCAUAGACGCCGGUAUCAACCCCCAGUCUGUGCGGGGAUCUAAGACUGGAGUGUUCAUCGGAGUGUCAGCAUCAGAGUCUGACGAGUUCUGGACCGCAGAUCCGGAGCUGGUGAACGGUUACGGACUCACCGGCUGCUGCAGAGCGAUGUUCCCCAACAGAAUUUCCUUCACCUUCGACUUCACAGGUCCCAGCUACGCCAUCGACACAGCGUGUUCCAGUUCGCUGUUUGCGCUCCAACAGGCGGUGGCAGCCAUGCGCAGUGGUCAGUGUGACGCAGCCAUCGUCGGCGGUGUCAACCUCUUGCUCAAGCCUACCUGCUCCCUCCAGUUCCAUCGCCUCAGCAUGUUGUCCCCGCAGGGCAUGUGCAAGGCUUUUGAUGCCUCAGGUAAUGGCUACGUGAGGAGUGAGGCCGCAGUGGUAGUUUACCUCCAGAAGGCGAGUGACGCCAAGCGUGUCUACGCUACCAUCGUAAAUGCAAAGACCAACACAGACGGCUACAAGAGCCAGGGCAUCACAUUCCCCAUCGGAGCGAUGCAGAACCGGCUAAUCCGUGAGGUCUACGACGAGUGUGGUGUUAACCCUCACGACGUCGUGUACGUGGAGGCUCACGGUACUGGCACCAAGGUUGGAGACCCUCAGGAAGUCAAUUCAAUCGCUGACUUCUUCUGCAAGGACAGACCGACUCCUCUGCUGAUCGGUUCGGUCAAGUCCAACAUGGGUCACUCGGAGCCAGCUUCUGGUCUCUGCUCCAUCGCCAAGAUCCUCAUCGCCAUGGAGGCUGGCGUCAUCCCCCAGAACCUACACUUCCAGAGUCCCAACACCGACAUUCCAGCUCUCAGCGACGGCAGGCUUCAGGUGGUCAACAAGAACUGGCCCUGGAACGGAGGAUUGGUGGCCAUCAACUCGUUUGGCUUCGGUGGCGCCAACGCUCACAUACUGCUGCGCUCCAACAACAAGCCCAAGGCUCCCGCGAUACAGGACAGCAUCCCUCGCGUGGUGGCUGUCAGCGGCCGCACGGAGCAGGCCGUCAACAACUGGCUGGACAAGAUCGAGCAAAACCCGAGAGAUGACGAGUUGAACGCUCUGCUUCACAACAUUCACAGUUCCAACAUCCCGGGACAUCUGUACCGAGGCUUCACUCUGCUCGGUGCCAAUCAGCCGGUCAAGGAGGUCUCGCAAGUGCCAGCCGAGAAGCGGCCGGUCUGGUUCGUGUUCUCCGGUAUGGGCAGCCAGUGGGCGGGCAUGGCCAAGGAUCUGAUGCGCCUGGAGCCGUUUGCCGCCACCAUGAACAAGUGCGCGGAGGCUCUCCGUCCUGAGGGUGUCGACCUUCUCUCCAUCGUGCUCAGUCCCGACCAGUCCACCUUCGACAACGUCCUCAACUCCUUCGUCUCCAUCACUUCGUGCCAAGUUGCUCUGGUUGAUGUCCUCACUUCUGUCGGUAUCGUACCAGACGGUAUCGUGGGACACUCAGUAGGAGAGCUGGGCUGCGCUUACGCAGACGGCACACUGACAGCACAACAGACAGUCCUCGCCGCUUACUCACGAGGCCGAGCUAUCCUCGACUCCAAGCUGCCCCCUGGCUCCAUGGCAGCUGUUGGCCUUUCCUGGGAGGAGGUCAAGGCCAAAGCACCCCCAGAGAUCCAGCCAGCCUGUCACAACAGCGAGGACUCUGUGACGGUCUCGGGACCUCCGGAGGCUCUCACCAAGUUCGUCAAGAGUCUCCAAGCCGACAACAUCUUCGCCAAGGAAGUGGCCAGCUCCGGAGUCGCCUUCCACUCCAAGUACAUCGAGGCUGCAGCACCUAAACUGCGCAAAUGCCUGGAAGAGAUCAUCCCUAGGCCCAAGCCCCGCACACCGCGCUGGGUGAGCUCCAGUAUCCCCGAGGCGGCGUGGGGCUCAGCUCUUGCGCAGCAGUCAUCCGCUGCGUACCAUGUCAACAACCUGCUCUCUCCCGUGCUGUUCCACGAGGCUCUGCAGCACGUGCCGGACGGUGCUAUAGUCCUGGAGGUGGCACCUCACUGCCUACUGCAGGCCAUCCUCAAGCGUUCCCUCGGCCCCAACUGCACCAAUAUCGGACUCGUCAAGCGUCUCCAUCCCGACAACCUCACCUUCAUCCUCACCAACCUCGGAAAGGCUUUCAAUGCUGGAGCGCAGCCCAAGUUCCAGAACCUCUAUCCUUCGGUCAAGUUCCCCGUGGCUCGCACCACUCCAAUGCUCGCCUCCAUGAUAGAGUGGGAUCACUCCAAUGAGUGGAGCGUCGCUGACUUCUCUGGCAAGGGAGGCGGCCGUUCCGGUGAGAGUGUGAUAGAAAUCGAUCUAAGUAAGGAAGCUGAUGCCUUCUUGGCUGGCCAUGCCAUCGAUGGAAGGGUUCUUUUCCCAGCCACGGGCUAUUUAACACUGGUGUGGAAGACCUUUGCAAAACUGCAAGGAAAAGACUUUGAAGACAUGCCUGUAAUACUGGAGAACGUGCAGUUCCAUAGAGCUACCAUCAUGCCCAAGGAUGGUUCUGUAAAGUUCCUGAUCAACAUCUUCGACAACUCUGGAGACUUUGAGCUGGUCGAGGGUGGCUCUGUGGCCGUGUCCGGGCGGGUCCGCCUGCCCGAGGAUGUGGAGAAGGAGCAGCUGGAUCUGCCACCCCCUGCUGUCCCCCGUGGAGACUUCCUGGAUCUGGAGAAGGCUGAUGUGUACAAAGACCUGCGUCUCCGUGGCUAUGACUAUACCGGAGUCUUCCGAGGAGUCAAGCAGGCUGACAACAAAGGUGUAACUGGAAAACUGGAAUGGAUCGGCAACUGGAUCUCUUACAUUGAUACCAUGCUGCAAUUCUCCAUUUUGGGCCUAAACACGCGGGAACUGUACCUGCCCACGCGCAUGCAGCGUGUAUGCAUCGACCCCCGCAAGCACAAGCAGUUGGUCGCACAAUUGGGUGAGGAGGCCACAGUGCCAGUGUACAUGUACCGUGACAUCGACGUCAUCAAGUCCGGUGGUGUGGAAUUGCGCGGGAUGAAGGCUUCCCUUGCGCCACGCAGGCAGCAGACACAAGCCCCGCCCAAGCUGGAGCAGUACACCUUCGUACCUUACAUCAAUGAUAAGGUUAUGCCAGUUCAGCAAGCCCUGACAUCGCUGGUGCAGCUGGCACUUGAAAACUCCAGUGGCGCUCUGAAGAUGAAGGUGGUGGAACUUGGAACCGACCGCAUGCCUGAGAACUUGCUGGCCCCCACCAUCAUUGAUAUCCUGGAGUCAGAACCCAUGCUCAGUGUUGAGUACACUGUGGCGUCCAAUGCCCCUGAAUUGUAUGCCGCCUUGACGGAACCGCUGGGAGCCAAGUCCACCAAGAAAGACGCAGCGGCGGGAGCCCUGGAAGCCAACUGUCACCUGGCGGUGGGAGCCGAUGUGGCUCAGAGCCCUGCCGUGGCCAGCCUGGUCGAGAGUGUCAAGGCUGGAGGCUUCGUGCUCCUGGAGGAGAGUCCCGACAUUCCAGACGCUGCCCUCAAGGCCACAGGACUCGAAGUUGUUGCCAAGGUCAAGGCUGAACGCCGAGCUUACGUACUCCUGCGUAAGGUGGUGGACCAGCCAACACCAGUGGUCAUCAGUGUGACGGAGAAGAACUUCAGUUGGGUGGAGACGUUGAAGGAGGCUCUCAAACAGUCCGAAGCUGAGGGAAAACACGUGUUGCUGGUCAGCCAAGGUGAAGAGACGCUCGGACUUGUGGGCAUGAUGAACUGUAUCAAGCAAGAACCUGGUGGCAACAAUGUCAGGGCGGUGUUCAUCCAAGAUGCAAAGGCACCUGCCUUCUCACCCACUUCUGCGCAGUACGCAGCACAGCUCCGCAAGGGGCUGGUACACAACGUGUUGCGCGGCGGUGUAUGGGGCUCCAUGCGCCACUUAAAGCUAGAGGCCACUGACGCGAGCCUGCAGGUGGAACACGCUUACAUCAACGCCAUCACGCGCGGUGACCUUGCCAGUCUCAAGUGGAUCGAGGGUCCACUAACUUUCUACAAGCCAGAGGACUACCCCAACAGUGAACUCUGCACAGUUUACUACGCUCCUCUCAACUUCCGUGAUAUCAUGUUGGCCACUGGAAAACUGCCACCAGAUGCCCUUCCUGGAGACCUGGCUGGACAGGACUGUAUCCUGGGUCUUGAAUUUACCGGACGAGACUCCAUCGGUCGCAGGGUCAUGGGCAUGGUAGCAGCCCGUGGUCUCGCCUCCACCGUCCUAGCUGAUCCUGGCUUCCUCUGGGAGGUACCGGAGAAGUGGACCCUGGAGCAGGCCUCAACUAUCCCUGUCGUCUACGCCACUAGCUACUACGCGCUGGUAGUACGAGGCAAGAUGAAGCCCGGAGACAGUCUGCUGGUUCACGCUGGCACAGGAGGUGUGGGUCAAGCUGCUAUCGCCAUCGCACUCCACAUGGGCUGCGAGGUCUUCACGACAGUCGGAAGCAAGGAGAAACGUGAAUUCCUGAAGAAGACCUUCCCUCAGCUGACUGACAGAAACAUCGCCAACUCCAGAGACACCAGUUUUGAGCAGCAUGUUCUGCGAGAGACGGGCGGCAGAGGAGUCGACUUGGUGCUCAACUCUCUGGCCCACGAAAUGUUGCAAGCUUCCGUACGCUGUCUAGCCAAGGACGGACGAUUCCUCGAGAUCGGAAAGCUGGAUCUUUCCAACAACACUGCUCUUGGUAUGGCUUUCUUCCUGAAGAACACAACCUUCCACGGCAUCUUGUUGGAUGCCCUCUUUGACGCAGGCAGUGACAACGCGGACAAGAAGGAGGUGGUGAGACUGGUGACCGAGGGCAUCAAGAACGGCGCAGUCAGGCCUCUACCUGCCACAGUGUUCGCAGAGAACCAGGUGGAGCAAGGGUUCCGAUUCAUGGCGUCCGGAAAACACAUCGGUAAAGUUGUCUUGAAGAUCAGAGAUGAAGAACCACAGAAGAAGUUGAUCCCCAAGGUGAAGCCUGUAUCUGCCAUCCCUCGCACCUACAUGAACCCGGAGAAAUCUUACAUCCUAGCCGGUGGUUUGGGUGGAUUUGGUCUCGAAUUGGCCAACUGGAUGAUCACCCGAGGAGCCAAGAAGAUCGUGUUGACAUCUCGCAGUGGAGUGAAGACCGGCUACCAGUCACUGUGUGUAAGGCGGUGGCGUGAGCAGAACAUCCAAGUGUUCGUGUCCACUGCUGACGUUACCAACCCCAAGGGAGCCGAGCAGCUGAUCAAGGAGGCAACGAAACUGGGCCCAGUCGGCGGCAUCUUCAACCUGGCUGUGGUUCUGAGGGACGCUUUCAUGGAGAACCAGAGCGCCGCAGACUUCGCGACAGUGUGCCGGCCCAAGGUGGAAGGCACCAAGCAACUGGACGCCAUUUCCCGCAAGUUGUGUCCCGAACUGGACUACUUUGUGGCCUUCUCAUCGGUGUCUUGUGGCCGAGGUAACGCCGGGCAGGUGAACUAUGGCCUGGCCAACAGUGCCAUGGAGCGCAUCUGUGAGGCACGCCAGGCCGCCGGACUGCCGGGAGUGGCCAUCCAAUGGGGUGCUAUCGGAGAUGUAGGUCUGAUCCUGGAAACGAUGGGAGACAACGAGACCGUGGUGGGGGGAACUCUCCCGCAGCGCAUGUCCUCCUGCCUGGCCACCAUGGACAAGUUCCUGCAACAACCCCACGCUGUUCUGGCCUCCAUGGUGUUGGCGGAGAAGAGGAAGAGCGGAGGUGAAGCGAACCAAGUUGGGUUGCUGGAAGCUGUCGGCAACAUUCUCGGUAUAAAGGACGUGAAGACGGUAAACCCAGCCAACACUCUGGCCGACCUGGGGAUGGACUCUCUGAUGGGUGCGGAGAUCAAGCAGACUCUGGAGCGGAACUACGACCUGGUUCUGAGUGCUCAGGAGAUCAGAGGCCUGACAUUCGGCAAGUUGUCGGAGCUGUCCUCUGGAGGAGACGGUGGUGAGGCUGCCCCAACUCAGGCUCCGACUGCAACAGAUGCUGCUCCUGUCAAAGACACAACUCAGGUACAAUUCCAAGCUGCCGAGCUGGUACCCAAGGAGACUCUCAAACAACUGCCGUCCAAGUCUAAUAGUGGAACCCCCAUCUUCAUCGUCCACCCUAUUGAAGGUGUAGUGACUGCUCUGCAGGCUCUGGCUGCCCAGCUGCCUUGUCCUGUGUACGGUCUGCAGUGCACCACCCAGGCUCCACUAGAGUCCAUCCAGAAACUUGCCGCCUUCUACAUACAGCAAGUGAAGACUGUCCAGAAGUCAGGACCCUACGUCCUGUCGGGCUACUCAUUUGGCGCCUGUGUGGCCUUCGAGAUGGCCCUCUUACUAGAGAAGAGCAAGGAGAAGGUAACACUGGUGCUGCUUGACGGCUCGCCCACUUACGUAGCCUCCCACACCGGUAACUACAAGGCACGACAGAAACCAGACAACAAGAACGCAGACGCUGACGCCCUCACGUAUUUCAUCUCACUGUUCAAGGACGACGUCGACUUCAUCAAGAUCCAGAAGGACAUGCAAGCGCUGACAGGAUGGGAGAAGCGGCUGUCGCUUGCCACGCAGCUUUUGUCUGGCUCUACACCAUUCCCAGAGUCCGAACUGGCUGCAGCCGCCGAGUCCUUCUACAAGAAGUUGGUAGCUGCCGAUGCCUACAAGCCCUCAGGGACCUACACUGGCCCUGUCACCCUUAUCAAGGCCACGGACAACUACGUCUCGCUCGGCAAAGACUACGGACUAGCCCCGAUUUGCAGUCAGCCAGUCAACAUUCAGUCAGUGAAGGGCAACCACAGAGAGAUCCUGGCCGGAGAUAGCGCUCUCAAGAUUGCAGAAAUCAUCUCGCAAACCUUGAAACUUUAAGCGUCCAAACGUUUAUAGCUUUUACUUGUUGACAAGUAGUCAAAUAACAUUGUGAUUUCAGCUUUAAGACUGGUAUAGGUUUAAAAAUCUACAAUCCAAACAGAAAUUAGGAAUAUAUUUAUUUAUUGACAGUUCAGUUUAUUUUUCGUUUUAGAAAGUCUCGCCUACUUAAGGAUAUACUUAAAACUUUCUCUUGCCGUUUCAAAAUUAUCCAGGAAUCUCAUCAACAUUUCAAAGAACACGAUCAUUCCUGAAAGUCAAUAUGUUAUUGAUUUUGUCGUCUUUGUAAAUAACUGCGAAUAACAAUGCAUUUGUGUGAAAACAUUCUCGGCUGUCCAGUGUGGUACUCCCAGCUGUACUCUGCGUUAUCGUUGUACAUUAUCGCGUAGCUUUGUGUCAAGAGUGAGAUUAUUUUUUUAAUCCUAUCUAGACUAGAUUUUUUAGUUAUUGAGGUAUUAUUAUAAAUAUAAAACUUACAAAAAAAUGACCAAAGUAAAUACAUACCAUAAGGGCCUUGUUCUUUACGUUUAAUUAGCCUUUUAUUAUUUUUUUUAACAAAUGUGAUAUUAAAAGCACUUUAUUUUUUUAACAUCACUUUUAAUGUUUUUUGUUAUGUUUAUACUUGAUGUUAUAGCUGCAGUUGUUGUAUAUAGGUACUAUAAAUGGCAGGUUUGUUUUGUUAAGCUUUAUCGCACCUGUAAACUAAAUUCUGUAAUUUAUUUAGAAUUAAAAGACAAAGCUCUAAA